AUGAUAAUAGAAAGGGGAGGUCUGUGACUACUAUGAAAGGUCUACUUAUUGAAAAUAGUAUGACCUUAUCUAUGGAGCUGAUAAGAGUCCUAUAAAAGGCUGGGGAUUGGCUUGUAUUUACUACAGCCCCGAGGCAAUUAGGUAAAAAAAAAAAAAAGCAUUGCCUGACAGUCUGUCUCAAGCAACUUUAGUGUUACUGACUCUUUGUGUGUGUGUGAGAGCUCUCAAAUUGCAAUUUCCAACCCUGGGAAGAUGUUGAAUACCCUGUCUUGGAUUUUGGUUCCCAUGAUGGUGGCUGUGCUGUAUCUCCUGAGAGGGGCGGAAAGUCUGCCACUUUUUGAUGCCGGGCCACAUGUGCAAAACGGCUGGGGGGAGUCUAUCAGAAUUCGGCACCUGUAUACGGCCAGGAGGUUUGGACACGACAGCUAUUACCUCCGCAUACAUGAGGAUGGGAGAGUCGAUGGUGACAGACAACAAAGCCUGCACAGUGUACUGGAAAUCAGAGCGAUAGCAGUUGGAAUUGUUGCCAUUAAAGGUUAUCGAACCUCUCUGUACCUGUGCAUGGGGUCCGAGGGAAAACUCUAUGCAAUGCACAGUUACUCCCAGGAGGACUGCUCUUUUGAAGAGGAACUUCUCCCAGAUGGAUACAACAUGUAUAAAUCAAGGAAACAUGGCAUUGCUGUCUCCUUAAGCAAGGAAAAGCAUAAGCAACAAUACAGAGGAAAAGGCUACCUCCCGCUGUCCCACUUCUUACCUGUGAUUAGCUGGGUGCCCAUGGACCCCAGUGGAGAUGCAACAGAAGAUGACGAUUAUAGGUUUCCAUUCAACAUGGACGCAAAGAGCAUCAUCGACAGCUUUGACACUCUGGGACUUAUGGAUCUUUCCAGUUAUCAUAAAAAAUAACAAAUGUGUUUAUGAACAAUAAGUGGAAAAACAAUGAAGAAGUUGAAAGUAAGGGAAGAACAUGUUUACAGGCCAUUGUUCUGCAGAGAGCUGUCUGUCAGCUUCUAAUGUAGUAGAUCAGAACCAUUCCACUGAACGGUAUAUGCUGACAGUCAUAAAAUAAUGAAAUCGAUAGAGAGACCACAGGAUAUGGUUCUGGACAACCCAAAUGCACGUUUAAUUCUUGAAGAUGUUUUCCAUCAACUGCAAUGUGAACAGUGGUGAUCACAAAUAUGGUAACUCUGCUGUUGUUGGCAGUGAAGAAUUACUGAACUGAAGCAAGGUGGCAGCUCUAGUUUAAAUGCAUGACUUUAAUAUGCACAGCAGAUUUGUAGGGAUGUUUAGCAAAGUCAGCUAUAACUUGAUACAUAAAGGGUAGAUCAGAUUUAGAUUAACUCUUAGGGGGUUAUUUACUAAACUCCGAAUGCAAAAAUCACGAAAAAUUUUUUUUUAUAAAAUCUGACUUUUAAAAGUUUUCAGAAUUUAUUAAACCCAGAGGAUGGGAAAAGUCAGAAUCUGAAAAUCUGGCAUCUCAGACCUGUCAUAACCCCCUAAGUGCGUUGAUAUUCUGAGAGCGUGUUUUUUGGCUGCUAGGAAAGAGGCAUGAAAGAAAAGGAAGGUAAAUCAUACAGAAACUAUAAAAAUGUAAAAAUGGCCAUUUGAAUUAGGACAUUUGCACACUGUUUUUUUUCCCAAAUACAUCAGUUAAUAGUGCUGCUCCAAAAGACUGAAAGCUGGCCGUAGACGCAAAGAUCCAAUCGUACGAUCGCGUGUGGAGUCCCUUUAAAGGUGAACUACCCCUUUAAUGGUCUUUUAUCUUGGAAACAACGUAGCUAGAAGUCACAGCAAAAUCCUUAUAGAAAACCCCUGCAGGAUGACAGCAUUUUCCUUGAACAUAUAUUGAAACUGUUUAUCAGUCCCAAAGGACAGAUUUUUUUUUUGAGGAAUAAGUAGGGUUGCAUUUGCACUGCACAGGAUACAAAAUUAGGGAUGCACCGAAUCCACUAUUUUGGAUUUGGCUGAACCUCCGAAUCCUUCAUGAAAGAUUCGGCAGAAUACCGAACCGAAUCCUAAUUUGCAUAUGCAAAUUAGGCAU